AUACAGCUACACACCAAAUGUCAGCUUGUCCCUUCCACUGGGCAUGGGCAACCCUUGUCUGGCCACCCAGUACCACACCUUACAGUCCAGCCCAGUCAUCUCAGUUUCCUCUUGCCACCAGACAGGCUACAGCCUCCAAAAUGAUAACCAUGCAGCAUCAGGCUACUACCUGCCCCACGGCCUGAGACCCAGUGGGGCCCCUGCCCUGGAAAGCCCCCGUAUUGAGAUCACUGCCUACAGCCAGUAUCCCGAGGAUGAGGUUGAAGAGAGCAGCAGUGAGGACCACAUCAUCAAACGAGGCGUUAACUCCAUUGUGACGCUGACACUGCCCAAUGCCGACGGCUACCGUGAUCCCAGCUGCCUCAGCCCCGCAAGUAGCAUUUCCUCACGUAGCUGCAACUCGGAGGCGUCCUCUUACGAGUCAGGCUUCUACAAUUAUGACAACUCCCCACAGACCUCCCCCUGGCAGUCUCCCUGCGUAUCUCCCAAAGGCUCAUCAUCGCUCAUGUCUUGCCCACAUGCCAGCGGCCCUGUAGCUUCCCCUCACCAUUCACCCUCCACCUCGCCUCAGAUAGGAGCCGUGGCAGAGGAAGGCUGGCCAGCACAACCUCGUGGCUCCAGGCCUAACUCCCCUUCCUGCAGUGGAGGCGGUGGAGGCAACGGCGGUGGUGGCGGCAGCAUUGGGAAGAGAAAGUACAGCUUCAAUGGCACCACCUACCGUCAGACAUCCUGCUCGCCCAACCAGUCGCCCACCCCGUCCCCACAUGGGUCACCCAGGGUCAGCGUCACGGAUGAGAACUGGCUUGCCAACACCAACCAGUACACCAACUCUGCCAUCGUGGCCGCCAUUAACGCUCUCACCACAGAUGGAGUGGUCGACAUGGGGGAAGGAAUCCCGAUCAAGACACGGAAGACUAUGCUCGACCACUCAGCCUCCAUGAGCCUGAAGGUGGAGCCCGGUGGCGAAGUGCUGGGUCCUGAGGGGGAGCUCUGCCAUGAGGACUACCCCUCCCGCUUGGCCCUAAAGAAGGAGAACUACUGUGGAGGGUUCCUGGAUGUGCCCCAGCACCCAUACCCGUGGUCUAAACCCAAGCCUUACCUCAGCCCAUCUCUGCCAGCUCUUGACUGGCAGCUUCCGUCCUGCUCCGGCCCGUACAGCCUACAGAUUGAGGUGCAGCCAAAGUCCCACCACAGGGCCCACUAUGAGACCGAAGGCAGCCGAGGGGCGGUGAAGGCGCUGUGUGGCAGCCACCCUGUAGUACAGCUUUAUGGCUACAUGGAAAGCGAGCCGCUCACCCUCCAGCUGUUCAUAGGGACCGCAGACGACCGCCUCCUGCGACCACAUGCCUUCUACCAGGUUCACCGCAUCACUGGCAAGACCGUCUCCACUGCCAGCCAUGAAGUCAUGCAAUCCAACACCAAAGUUCUGGAGAUCCCUCUGCUGCCUGAAAACAACAUGAGAGCCAUAAUUGAUUGUGCAGGGAUCCUGAAGCUGCGCAAUUCAGACAUUGAGCUUCGCAAAGGAGAGACGGACAUCGGACGUAAAAACACGCGUGUGAGAUUGGUGUUCCGAGUGCACAUCAACCAGCCCAACGGCAGGACGGUGUCCCUACAGGUUGCUUCAAACCCCAUUGAAUGCUCCCAGCGCUCAGCUCAGGAGCUUCCCUUGGUGGAGAAACAGAGUGUGGAUAGUUACCCUGCCACUGGAGGCAAAAUGAUGCUCCUGAGCGGCCUCAACUUCCUCCCUGACUCCAAGGUGGUGUUCGUGGAGAAGGCCCAGGAUGGGCAUCAUCUGUGGGAGACCGAAGCCAAAGUUGACAAGGACUCUGUCAAAAAUAGUUCUCUUGCUGUGGAGAUCCCGCCGUACAGGAACCAGAGAAUAUCCAGCCCGGUGCAGGUUAACUUCUACGUCUGCAACGGCAAGAGGAAGAGGAGCCAGUACCAACGCUUCACCUACCUGCCUCCUAACGUGCCGAUAAUAAAGACAGAACCCAGUGAUGAAUAUGAUUCUCUGGGGACUGCUGGACUGCACAUGCAUUCAAAGCCCUAUUACAGCCAGCCCAGGCUCACUCCCAUCAUGCCUGUAGCUGAUCCCGAUGCCUGUCUGGUUGGUGGCUACGCUCCCUGCCCGCCUCGCCAUGCUGCCAUGCCAUCGUCGUCCCCCAGCUCCAGCCCCACCCUGCAUGACCUGUCCCCCGUGGCAUACAGCAAGUGCCUCCCCAACAGCCCCACCCAUGCAGCACCACUAGGCCCCGCGGUGCCCCCCAUCCAGGAGACCCCUGGCCGUCCCAGCCUCGCCCACCCAGCAUCGCCAGACCACAACACUUCCCUAGGGAUGCUUCAUUCCCAGGGCAGCCCCAACCACCUCAACAGCCCAGGGCCCCAUGGUUACCAUCCUAUCUAUGCCAACAGCAGUCCCUCAUCCUCCCCGGUAUCCCACCCUUCCACUCCCGGUGCGACUGCGGAGAGCCCGUUUGUUCAGGCCUACAGCCCCAGUCAGGCUCAGGCAGCAGCCAGCUCAGCCCAGACCGGAGGGAGCUCACCCAGCCUGUUACCCGAGGAUGCCAGCCCCCCGUCGAUGGCCAUCACCGUCAAACAGGAGCCCCAGGAACUGGACCAGAUGUACCUAGAUGAUGUUAACGAGAUCAUCAGGAACGACCUCUCCAGCAUUUCCGUGCACACUCAUGCAUAGACGUCCAGAAGUCUUCUGCAGCAACACACACACACACACACACACACACACA